CAGGUUCGUGGGACUCGACCGACGCGACUGCACAUGGUAAGAUCUCGGAAUCGGACACGAGCAGGAUAACGUCUCCUCUCCCCUUGUUCGUUGGUUGGCCAGAGAGCGGGCACUGCUUCGCGAUCAAACAACCAUGGCGACGCUCGGCCUCAACUGUUAUUCCUCUAGAAUCAGAGUCGCCAGGCGGCAGCCCGCACCGCUCCCUGCUUCCUCUCUUCACCCUCUCUCCAAGCCCCGCUCCUUUCCUCUAUCGCUUCUCCCCCCUCCCGCUACCCACUCCGGAACGCGGCGGCCCCGGCUCCAGUCGCCAUCAGCCUCCGUCUCAACGACGUCCACCGCUGCUGACGACGAGGAGGACCUACAAGAGGAGGCCGACGAGGAGGAGGCGGUGGACCCGACGGCGGAGUUGCGGUUCCUGGACCCGGCGGUGGAUCCCGGGAGCAUCCGGGAGUGGGAGGUGGACUUCUGCUCCCGCCCCAUCCUCGACGACAGGGGGAAGAAGCUGUGGGAGCUCGUCGUCUGUGAUCGCACCCUCUCCCUCCAGUUCACCCGAUUCUUCCCCAAUAACGUCAUCAACAGCGUCACCCUGAAGGACGCCAUCGCUUCCAUCAGCGACAUGCUGGGCGUGCCCUUGCCCGAGAAGAUCCGAUUCUUCAGGUCACAGAUGCAGACGAUCAUAACCAGAGCUUGCAAUGAGCUCGGAAUCAAAGCAAUCCCCAGUAAACGGUGCAUAACACUUAUUUUAUGGCUGGAAGAGCGCUAUGAGACAGUGUACACCCGUCAUCCUGGUUUUCAACAAGGAUCAAAGCCACUUUUAGCUUUAGAUAAUCCAUUUCCUAUGGAUCUUCCAGAUAACCUCUUUGGGGAAAAGUGGGCAUUUGUUCAAUUACCUUAUUCAGCUGUUUUGGAAGAAAUCUCAUCUUUUGAGACAAGAUAUGCCUUUGGAGGGAGCCUGGACUUGGACCUUUUGGGCUUUGAAAUGGAAGACAAGACAUUGGUUCCUGGGCUUGCUGUUGCGUCUUCACGUGCUAAACCUUUGGCAGCUUGGAUGAAUGGCUUGGAGGUCUGCUUGGUGGAAGUAGAUGUUUCCCGGGCCUGCUUGAUUCUAUCAGUUGGAGUUUCUACCAGGUAUAUCUACGCCACCUACAAGAAAAAUGCAGCGACGACAAAGGAGGCAGAGGCUUGGGAAGCUGCAAAGAAGGCGUGUGGAGGUCUGCAUUUUCUUGCCAUCCAAGAGAGUUUCGAUUCAGAAGACUGUGUUGGGUUUUGGCUCCUGUUGGACUUGCCUCCACCACCAGUGUAAUGGCAGAAAAACUGGAACCAGAAUCUCACAUUUAAAGAAUCAAGAUGUUAUUCGACUCCAAGGAGGAGGUCCUCAGCUGCUCCUGGCAUUGUUAUCUCAAAAGCAUGUAAAAGAACUCGGUGAUUGCACCAAGCUACAUCUAGAAGAAGAUGACGGAGAAAUCUUUUUUUUUUUCUUGUAACACUUAUCAACCUUUAUCUUUUCAUCUUUAUAUACUUUGUGUGAAGUGGGCUUGCAGCUGUCUUUUGGACCUAGUAAUUUGUUAUGGAGAAGCUUGUUCAAUAUGAUCAAAAUGCUUAAAUUGAUCAUGUCAAAAUCAGGUCUUUUUGUCAA